AUGGCUUCCCCCCUGCAGCCCUCCGUCGCGGGCCAGCAGCGUCGGAGGUGUCCGCUCGGCGCCGCGCGCCCCGCGUGGACGCCCCAGGAGCUGCCGCGCUGCUUUCCGGCGAGCCGCCCCCGAUCGGCACCAUGCCGGAGCCUCCCCGCGAUCGGGCCGGCCCUCCAGGCCGCCGCCCCGGCGCUGCUGGCGCCCCACCCAGGGAUCACCGCCGGCGUGCUCGCUAACACGACGGUCUACGUGCUGGGCAUCCGGGUGCUGCUGGCGGGCCUCACAUGGGCGGGCGUUUUCAACUCGUGGCUGCUGGGCUGCGCCUCGUACUCGGCCUUCGGGAUCGGCGGGUACGCCCUCGUCUGCCUGUACUUCAUUAUUGGAUCGCUGGUGACAAAGAUACGGUUGGAGGAGAAGAUUCGUGAAGGCAUUGCUGAAAAGAGGGAAGGCCGGCGUUCUGUGGGCAGUGUCUGGGGCUCUGGACUCGCAGGGACCAUUUGUGCAUUGGCAGCAAUGGUGACUGGAGAUUACCCAUUCUGGCAGGUCGGCUUCGUGGCCAACUUUGGCAGCAAGCUUUCUGACACAGUCUCGAGUGAAGUGGGUAAGGCUUAUGGCAAGACAACCUACUUGAUCACAACAUUUGAAAAGUGUCCACGUGGGACAGAGGGAGCAAUAAGUCUUGAGGGCACUGCAGCAGGCAUUGGCGCUGCAGCAGUGUAUUCAUUCUUAGCAUUCUUGUUUGGUCAGGUGUCUUUGGCUGGUUGUGGGGUUGUGUUCUUGGCUUGUGUCACUGCCAACUUCAUGGAGAGCUACCUGGGUGCGGCCCUUCAAGGGAAACUGGAUUUUUUGACGAACGAUGUAGUCAACAUGAUACAGAUCUCUGUAGCUGCAAUUCUGGCGAUCGCAGGUCAGGCUGCCUGGGUGCGAUUUGCAGUGUAA